AGUUUGGUAUGUAAAUAUAAUUAUGGGGGGCCGGGGGAUUAAUUUUUCCCAACCAUGUCUUUCUCCGUGUCUUUCUCAUAUGUUGAUGGUAGUUUGAAACCUCCCCUGUCUCUCUCCAACAAAAGCAGAGAGAGGGUUCAGAGGAGGGCGGUUGCCAUUGUUUGAAUGAGAAAAGGCAACCCAAGAAAUCAUUUCAUUUCCGGGAUAAAAGAGAUAAAAGAGUAAUAAAAAGAGAAGAGAAUGGGGUUGAGAAUAUGCUUCCUUUUGCUUCUCUUCUCCCUUCUUCUUGGCUUCGCCACCCCCACAUACAUUAAAUAUGAGGUGCUACAGAAUCCAGGACGAACAGGGCGUUCCCUUCUUCAGCAGAAACGUGAUUGUCCAUUGGACAUGGAGAACAUGAACUAUACAAUAGUUACGAGCCAAUGCAAAGGACCACAUUACACGGCCAAGGUAUGCUGCAGAGCCUUUAAGGAAUUAAGCUGCCAAUACAGGGAUGUACUUAACACCGAUACCAACAACUGCCCCGUCAUCAUGUUCAACUAUCUCCAUCUCUACGGCAAGUAUCCUCCUGGUCUUUUCAGCAACCUCUGCAAGGAAGGCAAGCACGGCCUCGACUGUAAAGAUAUAGAUGUUGCGCAACAAUCGGUGGUUGACAAACCUGUUAAUGCUACCGGAGAAGCCCUUCAACCCUGCCGCCCCGCCUUCCUCGUACCUCUUUUUCUGGGGUGGCUGUUGUUACUCCAAAAUUGAAACUUUAAAUGGAUUAAUUCAUUUCAUU